AUGAGCUACCAGAGCAACACCAAUACCGGCAGCUAUGGCGGACAAAGUCAGAAGGCCGUAGUGAAGAACGCCGACAUGUCCGAUGAGAUGCAACACGACGCCGUCGACUGCGCCAGUGAAGCCAUGCAGAACCAGACGAUCGAGAAGGACAUUGCUGCCGCGAUCAAGAAGAAGUUCGACUCGAAGUACGGCCCCACGUGGCACUGCAUCGUUGGCCGAAACUUUGGCAGUUACGUGACGCACGAAUCCAAGCACUUCAUCUACUUUUACAUGGGACAGGUGGCGAUUCUCCUCUUCAAAUCCGGCUAA